UAAAAAGAUCGUCGACGGCAGCGUUGCUUAUUACCCACUUCACUUUUUUCACAUUUAACAAGAAUGUUCUUGGAUUCUUGGGCGCGCCGCGCCAUGGUGGACCGAAGGAGGAUGAAGUUGGUCCAAUUGGGUUACUUCUCGCUCCGUAGGCGCCUACUUUCUUUCACCAAACGCGUUCCACGUGACGCACAGUGAGCCCGGAGACGGAUGGACAGGGCGACGCUCUUAGCGGAUUGGGGCCAAAGGUUGGGGAAGAAGAGUUGGUGAUAGAGAUUCUCCGGUGACGGACGGCGAGAUCGGUGAGCCUUGGGUCCGGCGCCAUCUUCUGCGACACAGAGAAAGAGAAGAGAAAAGGCAAGAGGGUGGGCUCGAGAUCUCAAGAAAUGGGUUUCUCCGACAACAGCAAUAUCAACAGCGCUUAUGCCUACCAUCCCGGGGCGGUGGACGGAGAUGCGGAGACGGAGAGGCUGCCGCUCAACCGGGUCACCUCACGGGUACCCGAGGAUUCUUUCCACCUUGCGUACAUCUCCUACUUCGUUCUCGGCGCAGGGUUCCUCCUCCCUUGGAACGCCUUCAUCACCGCCGUUGACUACUUCACCUACCUCUAUCCGGAGGUUAGCAUCGACCGCGUUUUCGCCGUCACCUACAUGCUGGUUUGCCUCGCCUUCCUCCUCCUCAUUAUCGCGUUCUUCACCCAGAGGUCCACAGCCUCCUUCAGGAUCAACGCCGGCCUCCUCUUCUUCUUGGUCUCCCUUCUUGUGAUCCCCCUCAUGGACGCCUUCUAUCUCAAGGGCAGGUCCGGCCUCUACGACGGCUACUACGUCACGGUUGCGGCCAUCGCCCUUUCCGGGGUGGGCGACGCCCUCGUCCAGGGCAGCCUCAUUGGUUCUGCCGGCGAGCUGCCGCCUAGAUACAUGCAGGCCCUUGUAGCUGGUACAGCCGCUUCAGCGGUGCUCGUCUCAGCUAUGAGGAUAAUAACCAAAGCCGUAUAUCCCCAAGACGCACGCGGUCUAAGGAAAAGCGCUAAUUUGUACUUCGGUCUCAGCAUUGCCAUGAUGUUCAUAUGCUUAGUUUGCUUCAACCUGGUAGACAGGCUUCCGGUUAUUCAGUACUACAAGGAUCUUAAACUGCAGGCAGUUCAGUCAGAAGAAGAUGAGGAAAAAAAUGAAAAAGACACUCAUUGCAUGAGUUCCUGGGGCUCAAAUCUGUAUUACAUUGUGGGAAGAGUCAAGUGGUAUGGGAUCGGUAUCCUGCUAAUCUAUGUUGUGACUCUGUCCAUAUUCCCUGGAUAUAUUACGGAAGAUGUGCACUCCGAGUUGCUCAAGGACUGGUACUCCAUCCUCCUGAUUGCCGCAUACAAUGUGUUUGAUCUGGUUGGCAAGUCUUUGACUGCGGUUUAUGUAAUCCAGAACGCCAGGAUUGCUGUGGGUGCUUCAGUGGCAAGACUGCUCUUCUAUCCCCUGUUCUUGGCGUGCUUGCAUGGCCCUAAGUUCUUUCGGACGGAGAUUCCAGUGACACUGUUAACAUGCUUGCUCGGAUUAACGAACGGUUACUUCACAAGUGUGUUGAUGAUCCUUGCACCAAAGGUCGUCCACAUACAGCAGGCCGAGGCAGCAGGCAUUGUGCUGGUCUUGUUCCUGGUGAUUGGGUUAGCAGUUGGUUCAGUAGUGGCGUGGUUCUGGGUCAUCUAAAAAUGGCUUGCCUGCCACAGUUUCCUCCAAAUGUGUAGCAUAGUUCUCUCUCUCUCCAUAUAUUUAUAUGCUAGUCAGUAGUCACUGGUGGCGACAAAAGGGGCCUCGGCCGACUCACUGGAUGACCUGCGCAUGCCUGUCGGCGUGAGUAGUUGGUGCUUCGUCAACCUAAGGCAUGAAUGAAUCCACAUGUCUCUUCAGCACACAACUUCUCCUGUAAUUUUUUUCUUUUUGGUUUUCAUCGCUGUCCCCUGCUAUGGGGAAUCCUUCAGUGGGUUCUGUUUUAUGAAAAUAAAAUGUCAGUAAGAAUUGAUAUGGAAGCUUCUUUUUAGGCCUCAA